CGCCCUUUUAAGUAAUAUAAGGAAAAAGUAUAAGAAAAUUAAAGUGUCGAAGUGUUUUAUGCGGAAAAACGUGCACUAACAUGGCCGCGUUUAAUAUGUUCUCGAACAUCGAGAAAUUAACAGAACACAAUUACGAUUUGUGGAAGGUGCAAAUUAAAAGUAUAUUGAUAUAUAACGACUUGUGGCAAUACGUCGUCGGUAGUGAAGUGAAACCCGAAGAAAAUCCUCAAGAAUGGAUAAAAAAGGACGGAAAGGCCCUGGCACUGAUAAAUUUAAGUGUUACGCAUAGCCAGCUCCUUCACAUCAAAAAGGCGAAUACAUCAAAGGAGGCAUGGGACAAGUUGAAAAUCAUUUUUGAAUCCCGCGGACCGGUAAGAAAGGCGACUCUCUGUAAAGAACUUUUACAAAUGGAAUCGAAACCAGGUACGACUAUUGUUCAAUAUCUAAACGAAUUUUCCGAAAUAGCCGAUCAAGUCAAGGAAGCCGGUAUCGAAAUUUCGGACGAAUUAUUGUCCAUAAUGCUGUUGAUUUCGCUACCGAGGAAAUUCGAAAACUUUAGCAUCGCUAUUGAAUCGCGAGACGAUAUACCUACGUUAGACAAUCUUACGGCGAAGAUAAAGGAAGAAGAGGCUAGACAGAAUGAGCGCGAUAUAAAGUCAGGCGAGAGUGAAAAGAAAAGUGAUGCGUUACAUGUAAAAGACAAUUUUGAUAAAAAAAAAUAUUCACUUCAAUUGCGGACGAUACGAACAUAA